AUAUAAAAAGUAAAAAAAAUAAAAUUGACAAUGACACCUAAUAAAUUAAUUGACAUUUCGCGGGAAUGACAGCAAACAAUGUAUUUGCUAUCAAUAAUAAUAAAACCGCUCCAAUACUCCACCAAUAAAUAAUUUUCAAUUUAUACAAUAUGUAAGUGCAUAAUAUUGUAUAUUUUUCUGUUCUCCCACUCUAAUACUAAAUGCAUAGCACCUUUUAAUGGUUGGUCGAGAUUGUCCGAACUUUGCCGACGGUUUCUGGCGCCUGUCCCGAGUUCUUCGCAGGAGAAGUAUAUAAAACUUAAAUCCCUCUGCAAAAUGUUCAACAGUUACCAAAAACCUUGAAGAGUUGACACUGCAUAAAUCAGGUGUUCUAACUUGUUCAACGCCUUAACUAAUUGUUACGUUUUAUAAACAGUAUAUUCAACUAAUUCAUUAAAAUUUCUGCCUAAUUGCAGAACAGUAAUAAUUGUGUUAACCAAGUUUACCAGGAAGAUCAAAUUUUGAAAAAUAUUUUUUUAAAUGUCAAAACAGAAGCACAUGCGCGAUUACAAAACCAUCAUAAUAUUAUCGUUUGUCACUAGCUACUGUUAAGUUUUAUAGUCUAUAAUUGUAUUGAUACACUGUCAUACACAGUAGAAUCAUAAAUAUAUAGAUACAAGUGCUUAGUAUAAGUAAAUACAACGUACGUAGAAAGAGCAAAAGAAGAAAGACUUUCGGAAAUAAGACAAAGAUAGAUUUACAACGCACACUUGGUCGAACGUGGUAGAUCAUUCUUACUGUACUAACUGACCGGUAACCAAGCAAAACAGCAGUGCGGAUUUAUCAAUUUUAUGUACUUAAAUUUAAAAAGACAAUAUAAAUAAAUUACGUGUGAAAAAUAAUUUUUUUUACUUAAAAAAUAGUGUAUAUUUUUUUACCUAACAAUGGAAAAUAAUAAGAAAGUUUCCAAGAUGCAAAUAAUGCAGCCAUGGCCUUUGUGUCUGGUAUCAUCGAAAAAUGGGGGGAAAUCAGCGCAUACAAAAUACUAUCCGUGGGUUCCAUCCCUGGUACAAUCAUCGGAGUCAUCUAUGAACGAGGAUUGUUCGUCCAACACAACAUUAUUAACAAACGCAAGUCCCUUCAACAGCCAGCAGGCCCUUUUAACCCAGAAGAAAAAACCAUCUAUCACAAUAACAAAGAACAAGAAUUACGAUCUUGCACAAUCAGAAUCGCAUUAUUACACCAAAAACUUGAAGCGCGAAAGCGAGUUGCAGCAGAAAGUAUAUAAUCCUGAGAACAAGGACAUUAUUUUGGUAGACUACAAAUUUUUGGAGCCCUUAAUAAUGGAGAACAGCGUCGCAAUAGAAGAGCAAGAUGUUCUGAUGAGCAACCACAAAGAUGGAGAUGACAUUGGUCUUAAAAGAACGGAUUCAUUGUCCCACACUCCCAAAAAAAAAGGAUCUGAGGAUAUGUUCCGGUACAGCUCUCAGGUCUUUGCAGCAUUCGCGGUAUCAAUCGCUUCAUUGCUGAUCGGAUUUUCGAGUUCUUACACAUCGCCGGCAUUGCCGUCUAUGAAAGAACUGAAACCAUUCGAACUUGAUAGUAAUAUGGAAUCAUGGAUUGGUUCAAUAAUGCCUUUAAGUGCUUUAAUCGGUGGAAUAAUGGGUGGUCCAUUGAUUGAAUACAUCGGCAGAAGAAACACUAUUUUAUCGACAGCAAUCCCAUUUAUGGCAGCCUGGUUAUUCAUAGCAACAGCAACGAAUGUCUGGUUAGUGCUAGUGGGUCGUGCGUUGAGUGGUUUCAGCGUAGGCAUAAUAUCACUUGUUUUGCCGGUUUACCUUGGAGAAACCCUGCAGCCAGAAGUACGUGGUGUCUUGGGAUUACUGCCAACAGCAUGCGGUAAUAUCGGAAUAUUGAUCUGCUUCGCAACUGGAAUGUACUUAAAUUGGUCCAUGCUUGCAUUCUUCGGUGCCUGUAUACCAAUAAUAUACUUUUUGUUGGGAUUACUGAUCCCCGAGACACCAAGAUGGUACGUGUCGAAAGGUAAAACAAAGCGAGCACGCAAAGCCCUGGAAUGGUUGCGUGGAAAAUCAGUGGAUAUUACUGAAGAGUUGGCUUCCGUUGAAAAAACUCAUCUUGACAGUGAAAAAGAAUCUUCCACCAACUCGGUCGGUGAAUUGUUCAACCCAAACCACAUCAAGCCUCUCAUGAUUUCCAUUGGGCUCAUGUUUUUCCAACAAUUUUCUGGUAUCAACACCGUUAUAUUCUACAGUACCAAAAUAUUUGAAGAAUCUGGCAGCUCUAUUGACAAAAACAUCAGUUCAAUUAUCAUCGGCGUUGUUAACUUUGUUGCAACAUUUAUGGCAACUGCUGUUAUUGAUCGGUUGGGCAGAAAAAUUCUCCUUUACAUCAGUAGCGUUGUAAUGAUUAUAACAUUGAUGACGCUCGGUACUUUCUUGUACUUAAAAGACAGCGACUUUGAUGUUUCUAACUUUGGUUGGUUACCAUUAGCUUGUAUUGUUAUUUACAUUAUCGCAUUUUCAAUGGGUUUUGGACCAAUACCCUGGUUGAUGAUGGGUGAAAUAUUACCCGCUAAAAUCCGUGGUGGUGCUGCUAGUGUCACCACUGGUUUUAAUUGGUUCUGCGCGUUUCUGGUUACUAAAACUUUCCAGAAUAUAAUAGAAUUAAUGAAAAUAACCGGGGCCUUUUGGAUGUACGGUGGUAUUUGUGUACUCGGGUUAUUAUUUGUAAUAUUAUUUGUACCAGAAACAAGUGGGCGCUCGUUGGAAGAAAUCGAAAAGAAAUUAAGGGGGCCAGUUAGAAGAAUGAGCGCCGUUGCAAAUAUGAGGCCUAUGCCAACAGCGUGUUAGGAAUUUUAUAAAUUAUUUUAAUAUUUUCUUAAACUGAAUAAUUUUAAUAAUGCAUUUAUUUCAUUUUUUUUUUUAAUUAACAUCAAAAAAUAUAAACGAGAUGCAGGAUUAUUAAUUAUCAAAUUCGCUCUCUCGGUUAAAACUUAAUUUUCCAUCGUAAAUUAUCCUGCUGAGAUGACUUAUCAAUUGUAGCAGCAAUUCUAUAUAUUGACAGCAAAAACUAUUUUAUUGUAUUAAUAAUAAUGAUAAUAAUGAUUAUUAUUGUUAUUAAUAUUAUAGUAAUAGAAUAGGACGAAUGGCAGUAUUGGAACAAUGUUCCGUGUAAAUUUAUUCAAUCAAUGAGUUAAUAGCUUGCUCAAAUAGCAAUUAUAAAUAUUGUUAAGUGAGAUAGGACAGUAAAAGAAAUCACUUUUAAUUGUGAGAUAUAUUUUUUAUUACUAUUACAGUUACG